AUGAAUCCUUCAAUCUCCCCGACUUCUUGGUUAUUCGCUUAUUUUAUUUUUAUUUUCAACUUUGGCGGCAGGAGCUGCCGGACAGGAUUCGGGAUUGCGCCGAGAAAACGAGAAGUCCGACCUCGAAUUGGUGACAUUAUCAAGGUUGGAAUCGACAAGACUACAAUAAUGAGGAGUGUUAUCGGGUCAGGUCUAAUGCUUGGGAAGCGGCAACGUCGUAAUUGGAAAUGGCAGGGCCCAAUUACCUCCGACCUUCCCCGGAGAAAUCUGAGGAUUGUUGAAGAUACUGAAUCUGGAUUGGUGCUGAAGUUCUAA